AUGGCCGGCAAUGUUGCACACGAAGAGGAUCAGGCAGCAACGAAUGUUGAUGCAGGUGGGGAGUUAAAUGGUAGCAAAGCUCCUCGCAUUGGACAUAAGAAAUCGAGAAAAGGUUGCGCGCAAUGUAAACGGCGGCAUGUGAAGUGCAACGAGGAAUCGCCUUGCGCGAAUUGCGUGCGACAUGGGGUUGCGUGCUCACUUGCCGGAGGGCCCAAUGUGCCGAGAGAGGAUGCGAAGACGAGACGGAAGUCAACGAACUCAUCGCCAGGUCUGGAGAUCUCUCAGACAACCUCGCUGGAGGCGGUCAAUGUACCGAGUCCAGGCCACAGCCCGUCGGUGCAGAGUCCUUUCAGUGUUCUGACUGGAAGGAUCGAGAGGCAGGAUCAGAAUUGGCAACUGGACCUGCAGCUGAUGUACCACUUUACGUCAAAUGCGAAACAGAUCCUCGCGGAGCACGACGACCUCUCCAUACUCCGGGUCUGGCAAGAGCUUCCUCGAGUGGCAUUCGCGAACGAUUAUGUGAUGCAUGCGCUGCUGGGAUUCACUGCGCUGCACAAAGCACAUCUCGAACCAGGACAGGCAGCGAUGCUGCAAGCUGCCGCUGUGGACCACCUCGACAAAGCGUUGACGCUAUAUCGGAAAGAUGCUGGAGCUUUGACACCGGAAAGCGCAAAUGCGAAGCUUGCAUUCACAUGGCUGAUCGCAUUGUUCUCGUAUGCGGUCCCGCCCAGUGUGCCGCCUGUGGAUGCAAUGGUCGAGCUGUUGCUACUUGUCAAGGGAAUCGACGCUGUCCUUUCGGAGACCUGGUAUUGGGUGGGACAAGGACCUUUCUCCCCGAUCCUGACAAGAGGCUUCCAGGAAGCCUUCUCGCCGCUGGACGGCAGCACUUACCCACCACCGGAUGGUAUGGACUUCGGCUUAGCGCAUCUGGACUUCAUGCUGGGUGUGGACGCCAUGGUACCUAACGACAGACGAAUUUGCGCCUCGGUAUUGGCAGAGCUCAAGGCAAUAUACGAAAGUGUUCUGCAAGGGCAGAAUGCGUGUAGUAUCGCCUCGAUAGUCUGCUUUCCGAAGCAGGAUCCAACAGCGUUUGCGGAGUUGAUCAGGAGGAGGGUGCCUCAAGCUUUGAUCAUUAUAAGCUAUUACUGCGUUCUUUUGGAUGUGCUCAAUGAUCGAUGGUGGAUCCAGGGAUGGGCGUCUCGAGUCCUGACGGAUAUCCUGGCGAAUCUGGACGCCACCUGGAAGCAUUGGGUCGAGUGGCCGAUUGAGACGAUUUUGAUGAAAGAUCCGGCGGUGCCGAUAGGAGCAAAAGCGGCCCUAUCCGAGGCCACGGCUAUGAUGUUGUGUUGA